GAUCAACAGACAGUUCAACAGAAUGCUAUAAUAUCACUAACUGCAAUUUUGAGACCUUUUGCUGAAGCAACCGAACUUUUGGGAGGUAGCAAAUAUUUCACUAUUAGUUUUAUGUAUGGUGUGAUUACCGUAAUUGAACAAGGGCUUCUCUCACUUGCUAGAACUUCAAAUACAGAUUUUGAUUCUUCCGAUAAUAUUUUUGAGGAUGAUAUCAUUUAUGUGGAUGAAUCACAAGAAAACUAUGAAUCAUACGAAAAGUGUCGUCGAAUUAAUAUUAAUAAUCUACAAAAUUAUGAAAAUCUUAAAGAAAAAAUAAAUAAAGAAGCAAUGUUGGCAAUGCUCUUGGAUCUUCGGUGCAAGCCUCUUUCUUUUAUGUCAGAAUCUCUAAAAAAUGAAACUUUCGAAUUGCUUAAAACUAAAUAUAAGAAGUCACAGGUUCUGUAUGGUGUUGAAGAAAACAAUAAUUUACAAAAUCAUUCUAAUUUCUUAUUAGCUUCAAUGUUUCAUAAUAGAUGCCCAAGGUUAGAAGUUUCAGAUUAUCUUGGAGUUCAAGAAAUUCUGUGGAAUCAAUGUUCACUAACCUGGUGGCGCAAUAAUCAAGCACGGUUUUCUGUAUUAAGUAAGUUGGCUAGAAAGUAUUUGGCCAUCCCAGCAACUUCGACUGCAAGUGAAAGGCUUUUUAGUGAUGCUGGAAAUACGAUGACAAAAACAUCGCUUUUACCUACUACCUUUGAGCACCUAGUAUGA